GACAAUCUGCCCCAUUCGCCCAACAGCCUAUUUAAACUAAAGUUUGUGCAAGAUAGAGCAGCAUACGAAAUGGAAAGUGACAUAGAAGACAGAAAUCAGAAAAAUAACGACACUCCAUUUCUAACACCGAAAAAGUUCAGUAAAAACUUUGAAAAACUUAUUCGUGAAAAAUCCAAAAAGACAAUUACUCCCACAAGAAACCAGUUUCAACCCCUAACGCAUGAAUCCGACUCUGAAGGGGAUGACGACAUAGGAAAAAUUGUUAAGAAAUGAAAAAAAGGUCAGAAAUUUAAACCUCUUAUAUUGGAAGACUUAGAAGCGCCAAGUACAUCAAACCACCAGACAGCACACUCAUCCAAACCCACACGAGUAAAAAUGAGAGCUAACAAGAGCAAAGACACUAUGUCCCCCAUAGUAGUAGAUGGGAAAACUGCGAACCAAAUAAACUAAGUCAAUGAUCUUAAAGCAAUAGUAAAAGGAGAGUUUAGUAUUAAGCAUACAAACUAUACAACAAUAAUUUUUGUCGAAAACAAAGACCAUAAAAAUGUACUUAACAACGUUAAAGCCGAAAAAAUGCCACAUCAUACUUACACCUCCAGGGAUGAUAAAACCCAUGCUUUCGUACUUAGAGGGUUGGACAAAGGCACGAAAAUUAGCGACAUCGAAGACAAUCUAGUUGAAGAACAUGAGAUCAAAGCCAGAGCGAUUUACACAAUGAAAACUAAAGACAGGCCACUUUUUCUAGUUGUUACCGACCCAGGAAUAACGCUAGAAUAUCUAAAUAAAAAUACAAGGCGAGUGCUAUACACAAGGGUUAUGUGGGAACUACGGAAAUCGACCAAGCUUAUAAUUCAAUGCCACAAUUGUCAGCAGUGGGGGCAAGCUACUGCCAAUUGUGGUCUGCCUCCAAGAUGUCUCAAAUGCGCGGGUGUUCACCACACUCAAACCUGCACCAAAACCAUGGACACACCAGCAAGGUGUGCAAAUUGCGGGGGUGAUCACACCGCAAACUACCCAAAGUGUGAAAACUAUGUCUCUAAACUCAAAAGGCUUAUGGAAAAAAGGCCAAAAUUAAACACCAAGUAUCUACUAACCCCCAGCCCAGUAUUAACCAAUGGGAGGCCAGAAGGCAAAUACCAAAUAACAAGGAAGACUUUCCAGCACUGCAAGUCAGAAGGCAACGUGAAGAUUCUUCAAAAACACGAUAUCCCCCCAGAAAUAUGGAAUUACCUAAACAAACUACCCCCGGCGGAUCCAUGGACGAUUUCGUGGCCCUAAACGAAGAAUUUGCCACAUUAAACAGGCUGGUAAAUAUAGGUAAAUUAACUAGAGCAGUCAGAGCACUGAACGCCAGACUUAUACAAUGUAAAACGGGAAAGGAAGUCAUAGAGACGUAUAACGCGUUCAUGAAGGACGUCGACAUAAAUUUCAUAAUAAAAAUUUAAAUUGGUAAAAAAAAUAUAGUUAGCAAAAAUACUGAUGCGUGAUAAGGGUGUGAAUUAUAUAUUGUUUUCCUUGAAUCAAUCAAACAGUUGUUUA